CCUCUCGAUCACCAUUUACAAGCUGGAAUCACUGUGCAAGAACAAACGACAAAAGUCUUGUCGAGAUCUUAUCUCAGGGUAAUGACUAGUUAAAAAUGAAAGGCCCAAAUAUUGAUUUUCUUUAGAGGAACAAUUGAGUGUCUGAUGUAGAGAACACCCAGUUUCUUCCUGAGGAAAGCCAAGCCAGGACUACAUUAGCAGCCUGGGUGUCUGUGACAGAAGCAGGGCUGGAUUUCAGCAGCGGCUGCCUUGCCUGUGGGGAGCUCCCGUAAAUGGACUUUGGUCUCAAUGCUUUGACUCUUUGUGGUGGUUUUGGAUGUUGGAAUACGGGCGGUGAUCUCCUGCCUUUGAUAAACUCACCUGAUUUAAAGGAAAGAUGAGUGAAGAGCCAAAGGAGAAGAAUGCCAAACCUGCUCACAGGAAAAGAAAAGGAAAAAAGUCUGAUGCCAAUGCAAGUUACUUAAGAGCAGCGCGAGCAGGACACCUUGAGAAAGCCCUUGACUACAUAAAAAAUGGAGUAGACAUUAAUAUUUGCAAUCAGAAUGGGUUGAACGCGCUCCAUCUUGCUUCCAAAGAAGGUCACGUGGAAGUGGUUUCUGAGCUGCUACAGAGAGAAGCCAAUGUGGAUGCUGCCACAAAGAAAGGCAACACCGCGUUACACAUCGCAUCAUUGGCUGGGCAAGCAGAGGUGGUCAAGGUCUUGGUUACAAAUGGAGCUAAUGUCAAUGCGCAGUCCCAGAAUGGGUUCACACCAUUGUAUAUGGCAGCCCAGGAAAACCACCUGGAAGUGGUCAAGUUUCUCCUCGACAAUGGUGCCAGCCAGAGUCUGGCUACAGAGGAUGGCUUCACCCCAUUGGCAGUGGCGUUGCAACAAGGUCACGAUCAAGUUGUUUCACUCUUGCUUGAAAACGACACAAAAGGAAAAGUACGUCUUCCAGCUCUUCACAUUGCUGCCCGGAAAGAUGACACAAAAGCUGCUGCUCUGCUGCUACAGAAUGACAACAACGCAGAUGUGGAGUCAAAGAGUGGCUUCACUCCGCUCCAUAUAGCUGCUCACUACGGGAAUAUCAAUGUGGCCACGUUGCUGUUAAACCGAGCGGCUGCUGUGGACUUUACUGCACGGAAUGACAUCACUCCUUUACAUGUUGCAUCAAAAAGAGGAAAUGCAAAUAUGGUAAAACUAUUGCUUGACCGAGGAGCUAAAAUUGAUGCCAAAACCAGAGAUGGUCUGACACCACUGCACUGUGGGGCAAGAAGCGGCCAUGAGCAAGUUGUGGAAAUGCUGCUUGAUCGAUCUGCACCUAUUCUUUCCAAAACCAAGAAUGGAUUGUCUCCAUUGCACAUGGCCACCCAAGGGGACCACUUAAACUGCGUCCAGCUUCUUCUCCAGCAUAAUGUACCCGUGGAUGAUGUCACCAAUGACUACCUGACUGCCCUCCACGUGGCCGCCCAUUGUGGCCAUUACAAAGUUGCCAAGGUCCUCUUGGAUAAGAAAGCGAACCCCAAUGCCAAAGCCUUGAACGGCUUUACCCCUCUUCAUAUUGCCUGCAAAAAGAAUCGAAUUAAAGUGAUGGAACUCCUUCUGAAACACGGUGCAUCCAUACAAGCUGUAACCGAGUCGGGCCUUACUCCUAUCCAUGUUGCUGCCUUCAUGGGACAUGUAAAUAUUGUAUCACAACUAAUGCAUCAUGGAGCCUCAGCAAACACCACCAAUGUGAGAGGAGAAACAGCACUGCACAUGGCAGCUCGGUCCGGCCAGGCUGAAGUGGUACGGUAUCUCGUCCAAGAUGGAGCACAAGUAGAAGCUAAAGCUAAGGAUGACCAAACCCCACUCCACAUUUCAGCCCGCCUGGGGAAGGCAGAUAUAGUACAACAGCUGUUGCAGCAAGGAGCUUCGCCCAAUGCAGCCACAACUUCGGGGUACACCCCCCUCCACCUUUCAGCCCGAGAAGGGCAUGAGGACGUAGCAUCAUUCCUUUUGGAUCAUGGAGCAUCUCUAUCUAUAACAACAAAGAAAGGAUUUACUCCUCUUCACGUGGCAGCUAAAUAUGGGAAGCUUGAAGUAGCCAAUCUCCUGUUACAGAAAAGUGCAUCUCCAGAUGCUGCUGGGAAGAGCGGACUAACUCCACUGCAUGUAGCUGCACAUUAUGAUAAUCAGAAAGUGGCCCUUCUGCUUUUGGAUCAAGGAGCUUCACCUCACGCAGCUGCAAAGAAUGGGUACACGCCACUGCACAUUGCUGCCAAAAAGAACCAGAUGGACAUUGCGACAACUCUGCUGGAAUAUGGUGCUGAUGCCAACGCAGUUACUCGGCAAGGGAUUGCUUCUGUCCAUCUCGCAGCUCAGGAAGGACAUGUAGACAUGGUGUCACUGCUCCUCAGUAGAAAUGCGAAUGUAAACCUGAACAACAAGAAUGGCCUCACCCCUCUCCACCUGGCUGCUCAAGAAGACAGAGUGAAUGUGGCUGAAGUCCUUGUAAACCAAGGGGCACUCGUGGAUGCCCAGACAAAGAUGGGAUAUACACCACUCCAUGUGGGCUGUCACUAUGGAAACAUCAAGAUAGUUAAUUUCCUGCUCCAGCAUUCUGCAAAAGUUAAUGCCAAAACAAAGAAUGGGUACACACCCCUGCACCAAGCCGCUCAGCAGGGCCACACGCAUAUAAUCAACGUCUUGCUUCAGAACAAUGCCUCCCCCAAUGAACUCACUGUGAAUGGGAAUACUGCCCUUGCCAUUGCCAGACGCCUCGGCUACAUCUCGGUGGUAGACACGUUGAAGGUGGUGACGGAAGAGACCAUUACCACAACUACUGUCACAGAGAAGCACAAAAUGAAUGUUCCAGAAACUAUGAAUGAAGUUCUUGAUAUGUCUGAUGAUGAAGUUCGUAGAGCCAACGCCCCUGAAAUGCUCAGUGAUGGCGAGUAUAUCUCAGAUGUUGAAGAAGGUGAGGAUGCAUUGACAGGGGACACUGACAAGUAUCUGGGACCCCAGGACCUGAAGGAACUGGGUGACGAUUCCCUGCCUGCAGAAGGAUACAUGGGCUUCAGCCUUGGAGCUCGAUCUGCCAGCCUCCGCUCCUUCAGUUCGGAUAGGUCUUACACCUUGAACAGAAGCUCCUAUGCACGGGACAGCAUGAUGAUUGAAGAACUCCUUGUGCCAUCCAAAGAGCAGCAUCUAACAUUCACAAGGGAAUUUGAUUCAGACUCUCUGAGACAUUACAGCUGGGCUGCGGACACCUUGGACAACGUGAAUCUUGUUUCGAGCCCUGUUCAUUCGGGGUUUCUGGUUAGCUUCAUGGUGGACGCUAGAGGUGGCUCCAUGCGCGGAAGCCGUCACCAUGGGAUGCGAAUCAUCAUUCCUCCCCGCAAGUGUACGGCCCCCACCCGAAUCACCUGCCGUUUGGUAAAGAGACAUAAACUGGCCAACCCACCCCCCAUGGUGGAAGGAGAGGGAUUAGCCAGUAGGCUGGUAGAAAUGGGUCCUGCAGGGGCACAAUUUUUAGGCCCUGUCAUAGUGGAAAUCCCUCACUUUGGUUCCAUGAGAGGAAAAGAGAGAGAACUUAUUGUUCUUCGAAGUGAAAAUGGUGAAACAUGGAAGGAACAUCAGUUUGACAGUAAAAACGAAGACUUAGCCGAACUACUCAAUGGCAUGGAUGAAGAACUUGAUAGCCCAGAAGAGCUGGGGAAGAAGCGGAUCUGCAGGAUCAUCACAAAGGACUUCCCCCAGUAUUUUGCAGUGGUCUCUCGGAUCAAGCAGGAAAGCAACCAGAUUGGUCCUGAAGGUGGAAUUCUGAGCAGCACCACUGUGCCCCUCGUCCAAGCAUCUUUCCCAGAGGGUGCUUUAACCAAAAGAAUUCGAGUGGGCCUCCAGGCCCAGCCUGUUCCAGAAGAAAUUGUGAAAAAGAUCCUUGGAAACAAAGCAACAUUUAGCCCAAUUGUCACUGUGGAACCAAGAAGAAGGAAAUUCCAUAAACCAAUCACUAUGACCAUUCCAGUGCCCCCACCCUCUGGAGAAGGCGUAGCCAAUGGAUACAAGGGAGACACCACACCCAACCUGCGUCUUCUCUGUAGCAUAACAGGGGGUACCUCACCUGCUCAGUGGGAAGACAUCACAGGAACAACUCCUCUGACUUUUAUAAAGGAUUGUGUCUCUUUUACAACCAAUGUUUCAGCCAGAUUUUGGCUUGCAGACUGCCAUCAAGUCUUAGAAACUGUAGGGUUAGCCACACAACUGUACAGAGAAUUAAUAUGUGUUCCCUACAUGGCCAAAUUUGUUGUUUUUGCCAAAAUGAAUGAUCCUGUAGAAUCUUGCCUGCGAUGCUUCUGUAUGACAGAUGACAAAGUAGACAAAACUUUAGAGCAGCAAGAGAAUUUUGAGGAAGUGGCAAGAAGCAAAGAUAUUGAGGUUCUAGAAGGUAAACCUAUUUAUGUUGAUUGUUAUGGAAAUCUGGCCCCACUUACCAAAGGAGGACAACAACUUGUUUUUAACUUUUAUGCUUUCAAAGAAAAUAGACUGCCAUUUUCCAUCAAGAUUAGAGACACCAGCCAAGAGCCCUGUGGUCGCCUGUCUUUUCUGAAAGAACCAAAGACAACAAAAGGAUUGCCUCAAACAGCUGUCUGUAACUUAAAUAUCACUCUGCCAGCACAUAAAAAGACUGAGAAAGCAGACAGACGACAGAGCUUUGCGUCUUUAGCUCUACGUAAGCGCUACAGCUACUUGACUGAGCCUGGAAUGAGUCCACAGAGUCCCUGUGAACGGACAGAUAUCAGGAUGGCAAUAGUAGCCGAUCACCUGGGACUUAGCUGGACAGAACUGGCAAGGGAGCUGAAUUUUUCAGUGGAUGAAAUCAAUCAAAUACGUGUGGAAAAUCCAAAUUCUUUAAUUUCUCAAAGCUUCAUGUUAUUAAAAAAAUGGGUAACCAGAGAUGGAAAAAAUGCUACAACUGAUGCCUUAACUUCGGUCCUGACAAAAAUUAACCGAAUAGAUAUAGUGACUCUACUAGAAGGACCAAUAUUUGAUUAUGGAAAUAUUUCAGGCACCAGAAGUUUUGCUGAUGAAAACAAUGUUUUCCAUGAUCCUGUUGAUGGUUAUCCUUCCCUUCAAGUGGAACUGGAAACCCCUACAGGGUUGCACUUCACACCACCCACCCCUUUCCAGCAAGAUGAUUAUUUUAGUGAUAUCUCUAGCAUAGAGUCUCCCUUUAGAACCCCCAGUAGACUGAGUGAUGGGCUAGUGCCUUCCCAGGGACACAUAGAGCAUUCAGCAGAUGGACCUCCAGUGGUAACUGCAGAAGACACUUCCUUAGAAGACAGCAAACUGGAAGACUCAGUGCCUUUAACAGAAAUGCCCGAAGCAGUGGAUGUAGAUGAGAGCCAGUUGGAGGAUGUCUGUCUGAGUGAGUAUCCUCAAUACCUCGGAAGUUUGCCUGGGGUCCCAAAAGAUGUUAAACCAACAGAGCCAUUGAAACAAACUAGAAAAGUAGGCAUAAGCCCUGAGCAGCAGGAGAAAGGAAAAUCUGGUCCUGAUGAGGAGAUGACAGAAGAAAAACUCAAAUGUCUGUUUGAAGACAUUCAACUUGAAGAAGGAAUUGAGUCUGAGGAGAUGACAGAAGAAAAAGUACAGGCUAUUCUUAAACGUGUUCAGCAAGCAGAACUGGAAAUGUCUUCAAUUACAGGUUGGCAGAAUGAGACAUCAAGUGGAAACCUGGAGUCCCCUGCUCAAGCUCGAAGAAUAACUGGUGGGUUGCUAGACCGACUGGAUGACAGCCCUGACCAAUGUAGAGAUUCCAUUACCUCAUACCUCAAAGGAGAACCUGGAAAAUUUGAAGCCAAUGGAAACCAUGCGGAAGUCACCCCAGAAGGAAAGACAAAGUCUUACUUUCCUGAAUCCCAAAAUGAUGUAGGAAAACAGAGCACAAAGGAAACUCUGAAGCUAAAAGUAUCCGGAUCGGGUGGGGCUGAGGAGCCAUCAUUACCACCUGUAGCACAUCAGAAGUGUCUGGAAGAAACCAGCAAGUUUGUAAGAGAAGAGCUUAAACCCUGUGUGCCUGUCAGUAUGAAAAAAUUGAGUAGGACUUCUCCUGCUGACGGCAAACCAAGGCUUAACCUCCAUGAAGAAGAGGGGUCCAGUGGGUCUGAGCCAAAGGUCAAAAGUCCGGGUGCAGCUCUUACAAGGAUGACCACCUGCUGUUACAAGGACUUGAGAGACAGCGAGAGUGGUUCAGGCUCAGAGGAAGAACAAAGAGUCACUACCCGGGUUAUUUGCCGCCGUUUUAUUAUAAAGGGAGAGGAAGCGAAAACCAUCCCUGGUGAAUCUGUCACUGAAGAACAAUUUACUGAUGAUGAAGGCAACCUCAUCACCAGAAAAAUCACUCGGAAAGUAGUAAGACGAAUUAUCCCGCAAGAGAGAAAACAGGAUGAAGUGCAGGGAGAAGUUUAUAAAGUGAAGACGAAGAAAGAAAUCCGGCACGUGGAAAAGAAGAGCCACUCAUAACAGUGAAUGGAGCAUGUGUAUUUACUGCCAGUAUUGAAAAUUUAACAGAAGAAAUAUCAGCAGGAUAUUUAUGAAGAAGGGGGUGUGUGUUUGCUGCUUCCACCCGUUAAUGGCAUGAUUUUUUAAUGCAAAAAGAAAAAACCCACUCACCUUUUAAUUUAGCAUGAGCCAAUUUACAGAGCAUGGAAAUUCACUUUCAUUUCCGGGAUUGGCGCGUGUGCAAUGAGCAAUGCAGUGUACAUACAAGAAGCCAUGCUGGUAACAGUUUCUCUCAAGUAAUUUGGUGUCAAUUACGAAAAGGAAGCAAUUCCUGCCGCCACAGGGACAGGAGGAGAUGGCAAGAUCAAAAUACUGAGAAACACUAAAAUUACUAAAUCCACAACAGCUCGCCUUAUUUUUCUUGGACCCAAACUGUCAGGGUAUAAACACUAUUUGUUUCUUUUUUAAAACAUCGAUAGUUUUGCUGUAAAUAACAACACUGUAAAUUCUAACAGAAAAAAAAUAGAAUAAAUGUUGAUAAGGCACUGCCUCUUAGAACACAAACAGAAUAUUACAUAUACAUUCAACAUAACAGGGGCUCAAGUGACUUCACCCUAGAAGAGGAGGGAGGGGGCGGUGGGGGUGGGGAGGGACUCUUCACUGAUUCUUGUAUAUUCGCAAUUAUAAUGUUUGUAUAUGCAAAACUGCUAGCUUGAUUUUAAAAAGAAAAGAGCAAAUCUUUAAAAUCUGCUGCAAAUUUAAAUAAUUCCCAAAUGAGGAAUUCUGUAGUUCUGUGAAAAAAUUUUUUUCUUCAGAAUACUAAUAUUUUGAUGCAUGUGUAUCACCUUAUUUUGAUUAAAUCUUUUUCCAAUUUUGCAAACACUACAGUAUACUGCAACACAGAAGAUUUUAUCUGUAAACACAAAGCCCUUCAUCUAAUAUUUGUUGCUAUUGCCAAUUUUUCAAUGAAAUGACCAAAAAAUGAAAAAAAAAAUCACCUAUACAGUAGUUGCUUUCGGGGGUGGGGGAGGGGAGGCUGUUAGUGCUUAAAAGGGGGGUAAUGCUUGCCGCUAUAGAGGUGGAUGGUGCUCUUAAAAGGCCCCGGUUGGGGGUAUUUAAAAUGAACUGAACAGAAAUCCUUAGCUAGUAGAAUGGCAGCUCGCUGUAAAAUUAUUCCUGUAUUGUGUACUGGCUAUAAGAUGUAGUCAUCUUUCAGUAAGCCAAUCAUUUGUAACCAUUCUAGCAGUGUCAUAUUAGGUUAAUAAGGCUGCUGUGUUUUCAAGGGCAUUUUUAUUUGGGUUUUGGGUGACAUUCUUUCAUUUGUUGAUUAUAUUCACAUAAAAAAAUCAAUCCUCAUGGACACAUAGAUUCUAAUGACAUAUGUAUGAAAUACCAGACACUGGAUGACCUAGUCGAUUAUUUAAGCAUACAAUAAAUUGUGUUAAACUCUUCACCUA